AUGGCACGCAGCCGCAACUACAACCAGCCAGGGCAGUACCGGGGAGUGAGGAAGCGCGGGGAAUUUCGUUACGUUGCAGAGAUUAAAGACACCAAGGGUGGGGUCCGCAGGUGGCUGGGUACGUUUCCUUCUGCAGAGGAGGCUGCUCGGGCGUUUGAUGAAGCUGCUUUGAAUCUACGAGGAUCAAAGGCGAAGCUUAACUUCCCAAGGAGGCAUAUUCAGGAAAGGAGAGGGGUAGUAGGUUCGGAUCCUGAAGCGCUAUUAGGAGAAACGGCUAGGAUGGAAGCAGCAGGAAGGGAUGCAGAGGUGGAUGGUGGAGGGAUGGGUAUGGGAGAGCAGCCACAUGGGUUGAUGGGUCAGACACUACAGCAGGGAGAGGGAUUAAUCAGGGACGGAGCAGUGACGUUUGCUGUGCCUCAAAGGCCGUUUGGAGAGGGUACGAGUAGGGUGGUGGCAGCGAGCUUCGCGUGUUGGUACCAGCUGCAAUUGUGGGACUGGGAGGAGGAGGAGGAGGAGGAGGAGGAGGAGGAGGAGGAGGAGGAGGAGGAGGGGAAGGAGGAGGAAGAGACAGGCGGUCAUCCCCGUGAAGGCAACCCAGUGUUUAGUAGCGCCGAGAUAAAUCUGCCAAGUGCUAUGGUAAAUGGACAGGGGUUGCUGGGGUUCAAUGCACUGGGAGCAGAUCUGGAAAGGUUUGGAGGGUUGGGAUUGCAAGAGGUGGUGGGAUUUGAGGGCUUGACGGAAGGUGAGAGGGAGUUGUUCUCUGAAAUUGCGGAGCAUUUUGCCGAGCAGCUGGGGGGAAUAGAAGAAACCGAAGGGGGUGGAGGGGGUGGGGUUGGUACUGCGAAAGGCAAGGAGGGAGUGGACGAAUGGGAGAUGCUUUCAGAGGAAGAAAGCAGUGGAAGCAGAGAGACCAUUGACGGGGAAGGUGCGAUGGAGGAGGCGGGUGCGAUGGAGAAGGAGGGUGCGAUGGAGAAGGAGGGUGCGAUGGAGAAGGAGGGUGCGAUGGAGGAGGAGAGUGCGUUGGAGACAAGGACGGGAAUGGAUGCGCACUUGGCUGGCCUUGUUUCCCAUGACAACAGGGUGGAACUGAUGGACCAACAGCAGCAGCAGCAGCAGCAGCAGCAGCAGCAGCAGCAGCAGCAGCAGCAGCAGCAGCAGCAGCAGCAGCAGCAGCAGCAGCAGCAGCAGCAGCAGCAGCAGAAGCAGCAGCAGCACCAGAACCAACAGCAGCAGCUGCAGAAGCAGGAGGAGGAGGAGGUGCAGAACCAACAGCAGCAGCAGCAGCAGCUCAGUGCAUCAAGCUUCCAACGGCGCAGAUCUUUCAACAUGAAGGCUGGAAGGAGAGGCAAGGCACCUGCACGGUUUGCUUCUGCAGGCCCAAGAUUUCCAGCCAGCAAGUAUGCUCAAGAGCUGCACAAACGAUUGGGGAAGCAGCCUUGGUUGCCCUCCGUACAAGGGGCAAUGCAGCAGAUACAACUUGAGGGGAAGCAGAGGUUGACGCUGGAUGAGACACAGAUGGCGCAGCAGCCGCAGCAGCAGCAGCAGCAGCAGCAGCAGCAGCAGCAGCAGCAGCAGCAGCAGCAGCAGCAGCAGCAGCAGCAGCAGCAGCAGCAGCAGCAGCAGCAGCAGCAGCAGCAGCAGCAGCAGCAGCAGCAGCAGCAGCAGCAGCAGAAGCAGCAGCAGCAGCAGCAGCAGCAGCAGCAGCAGCAGCAGCAGCAGCAGCAGCAGCAGCAGCAGCAGCAGCAGCAGCAGCAGCAGCAGCAGAAACAGCAGGAGCAGCAAGAGUGGCAAAAUCAUCAGCAGCAUCAACAACAGAAGCAGUCAAUUCAGAAACAGCGAUUGCAGUUGGUGCACCAGCAGGAACAGCUACACCUGCUCCUGCAGCAACAAGAGCAGCUCACUCCAUUUCAGCCUCAUCUGCACUUCUUCAGUCAGUCCACUCCCCCCAUAACACCUGCUGCUCUCACCUCCUCUGCUCUGACCUCUACUGCCAUUACUGGAGGCAUGGGUAACAGUUUUUCUGCUGGCACUGCCUCUGGUGCUGCUGCUGUCACCGCAAAUUUUCACGCUGCUUCUGAUGCUGCUGCCGGAGCUGGUGUUGAGGUGGCAGUCUCCCACCCGCACAGAACCCUUCUCCCUCCUGCCGAUCCACCCACCAAAUUUGAUGGUACGUCCAGCUUGCAUGGAUACGACAACACAGAGAAGUGUGGGAUUGAUGCCUUGGAGCAAGAUGGCUCUAAGGAAAUCAACGGCUACGAGACUGGUGGUGCUGGUAGCAAUGGUGGAGAUGUCGAAAUGCAGGAGUGUGCAACAGAGGGCCUCAGGCCUGCGUAUGAUGCCGGUGCUGCUGACCAGCAUACUACAGACCAGCUACAUGCCCCUCCGCCUAGUGCAGACCAGCAUUAUGCUUCCCUGCCUUGUGCUGAGCAGUUGAAUUCCCAGCAGCAUAACAUGGCAGACUUGACCCUUCCUCUGCCUUCUCCGUCAGCGGAUCCGUUGU